AUGGCUGAAUCAACUGAUGAUUUCUAUCUACGAUAUUAUGUUGGCCACAAAGGAAAAUUCGGCCAUGAAUUUCUUGAAUUUGAAUUUCGACCUGAUGGAAAAUUACGUUAUGCAAAUAAUUCAAAUUAUAAAAAAGAUACAUUGAUUCGUAAAGAAGUUUAUGUCAAUCGAGCUGUUAUUGAAGAGUUGAAAAGAGUCGUGAACGAAUCUGAUAUUAUGAAAGAAGAUGAUGCUGUUUGGCCACCGCAAGAUCGUACCGGUCGGCAAGAACUUGAAAUCGUUCUCGGUGAUGAGCAUAUUUCAUUUACAACAUCAAAAAUUGGUUCGUUAAUCGAUAUUAACAACAGCCGUGAUCCUGAUGGUCUACGCUGUUUUUACUAUUUGGUACAAGAUCUCAAAUGUUUUGUGUUUUCGCUCAUUAGUUUACAUUUCAAAAUUCAACCAAUUUAA